GCUCUGUUUGCUUACAUCAGCAUCAUCCUGUGACUCCAAGCUUUACUUUGCACUCUUUAAUAUUUUAUAAACAUUUUCUGAGCAGCAUUAACGUUACUUGGCUUAGCUAUCAGAGCAGUUAGAGUAUGAAGAAUGUAAGCAGUCAGCUUGGUCCUGGACAUUGUUACUGACAUAAAGCUGCUCUCUGCAGCCAUGUUUGACCUUUGUAGGACUACAGUAAUGGAGGAUUUGGAGGCUGAACUCAGCUCUGUGACACUUUUGUAGUGAACUGAUGAAAGCUGUGUCUCAGAUGGAUGUUAGUCCAACACAUCAGACACGACCUCUGCAGCUCUCAGCUGAUGUGCACAUGAAUGAUUUGUGUUUCCUCUGCAGGUGAAGGUAGAAAGUGUGUGUGAGCUGAACUGAGCAGCAUGGAUCAGUGUGAGGACAGAGAGGAGGGAGUCCCUCCCUCUAAAAGCACUCUGUGUGGGGAACAUGAGAGCCAGACCAAAGCUCAGAGGAACCCACCUGGACCUCCACCCAGCUCUGUGUCCUGUAAGAGUGACGGGUCUAAAGAUGAGCCCUAUAAUUUUAAAGUCCAGCCUGUGUCUGCUGCAGAGAGGAUCAGUGGGAGACCUGCUGGACCUGAACCUGAACCCAGCUGUGUGUCCUUAAAGAGUGACCGGUCUAAAAAUGAACCCCUUUAUUUUAAAUCCCAGCCUGUGUCUGCUGCAAAGAGACUGACUGAAGUCCACAAGAAGAUGAUGAUGGAGGAAGAGGAGGACAGAGCAGAGUCUGCAGGGUCCAGCUGUCCGUCUGUGAGGAGUGACCGGUCCAAAGAUCUAAAUCCUCCACACUUCAGUGCUGAACCUGGACCAACGAGAGUGGACCAGCAGAGCUCAGAGGUUCCCAGCGGUCAGUCUGCCCAGCAGCAUCAAACACAGCUGGACUCCAUAUUUAUGCUGCUGGAGGACAACAUCAUCACUUUUGUCAAGAACGAGCUGAAGAAGAUCCAGAAGGUUCUGAGUCCAGAUUACCCAGAAUGCUUAGAGAGUCAGAGGGAGGAUGAUGAGCAGAGGAGACACAGCAGAGAGGCGUUUGUUAAGAUCGCAGUGGACUUCCUGAGGAGGAUGAAGCAUGAGGAGCUGGCUGACCGUCUGCAGAGACAACUUUUUGCUGCUGUGUGUCAGCCUAAACUUAAAUCUGCACUGAAGAAGAAGUUCCAGUGUGUGUUUGAGGGCAUCGCUAAAGCAGGAAACCCAACCCUUCUGAAUCAGAUCUACACAGAGCUCUACAUCACAGAGGGAGGGACUGCAGAGGUCAAUGAUGAACAUGAGGUCAGACAGAUUGAAACAGCAUCCAGGAAACCAGACAGACCAGAAACAACAAUCAGACAAGAAGACAUCUUUAAAGCCUCACCUGGAAGAGAUGAACCAAUCAGAACAGUGCUGACAAAGGGAGUGGCUGGCAUUGGGAAAACAGUCUUAACACAGAAAUACACCCUGGACUGGGCUGAAGACAAAGCCAACCAGGACAUCCAGUUCAUAUUUCCAUUCACUUUCAGAGAGCUGAAUGUGCUGAAAGAGGAAAAGUUCAGCUUGGUGGAACUUGUUCAUCACUUCUUUACUGAAACCAAAGAAGCAGGAAUCUGCAGCUUUGAAGACUUCCAGGUUGUGUUCAUCUUUGAUGGUCUGGAUGAGUGUCGACUUCCUCUGGACUUCCACAAAACUACAAUCCUAACUGACCCGAGAAAGUCCACCUCAGUAGAUGUGCUGCUGACAAAUCUCAUCAGAGGGAAACUGCUUCCCUCUGCUCGUCUCUGGAUAACCACACGACCUGCAGCAGCCAAUCAGAUCCCUCCUGACUGUGUUGGCAUGGUGAUAGAGCUCAGAGGGUUCACUGACCCACAGAAGGAGGAAUACUUCAGGAAAAGAUUCAGAGAUGAGGAGCAGGCCAGCAGGAUCAUCUCCCACAUCAAGACACCACGAAGCCUCCACAUCAUGUGCCACAUCCCAGUCUUCUGCUGGAUCACUGCUACAGUUCUGGAGGAUGUGCUGGAAACCAGAGAGGGAGGACAGCUGCCCAAGACCCUGACUGAGAUGUACAUCCACUUCCUGGUGGUUCAGGCCAAAGUGAAGAAGGUCAAGUAUGAUGGAGGAGCUGAGACAGAUCCACACUGGAGUCCACAGAGCAGGAAGAUGAUGGAGUCUCUGGGAAAACUGGCUUUUGAUCAGCUGCAGAAAGGAAACCUGAUCUUCUAUGAAUCAGACCUGACAGAGUGUGGCAUCGAUAUCAGAGCAGCCUCAGUGUACUCAGGAGUGUUCACACAGAUCUUUAAAGAGGAGAGAGGACUGUACCAGCACAAGGUGUUCUGCUUCAUCCAUCUGAGUGUUCAGGAGUUUCUGGCUGCUCUUCAUGUCCAUCUGACCUUCAUCAACUCUGGACUCAAUCUGCUGGAACAACAACAAACAACCUCCACAUGGUCUAAACUAUUUAACAAACCAAAACUACAAUCUUUUCACCAGAGUGCUGUGAACAAGGCCUUACAGAGUCCAAAUGGACACCUGGACUUGUUCCUCCGCUUCCUCCUGGGUCUUUCACUGCAGACCAAUCAGACUCUCCUACGAGGUCUGCUGACACAGACAGGAAGUAGCUCACAGACCAAUAAGAAAACAGUCCAGUACAUCAAGAAGAAGCUCAGUGAGAAUCUGUCUGCAGAGAAAAGCAUCAAUCUGUUCCACUGUCUGAAUGAACUGAAUGAUCGUUCUCUAGUGGAGGAGAUCCAACAGUCCCUGAGAUCAGGAAGUCUCUCCACAGAUAAACUGUCUCCUGCUCAGUGGUCAGCUCUGGUCUUCAUCUUACUGUCAUCAGAAAAAGAACUGGAUGUGUUUGACCUGAAGAAAUACUCUGCUUCAGAGGAGGCUCUUCUGAGGCUGCUGCCAGUGGUCAAAGCCUCCAACAAAGUCAUAAUUAGUGGCUGCAAUCUUUCAGAGAAAGGCUGUGAAGAUCUUUCCUCAAUUCUUAGCUCCCAGUCCAGUAAUCUGGGAGAGCUGGACCUCAGUAACAAUGACCUGCAGGAUUCAGGAGUGGAGAUACUGGCUGUUGCAGUUGACAGUCCUCACUGUAAACUGAAAACACUUAGACUGAGUGGCUGUAAGCUCUCAGAGAGAGUCUGUGAAGCACUUUCCUCAAUUCUCAGCUCCAAGUCCUCUAGUCUGAGAGAGAUGGACCUCAGUAACAACAACCUGCAGGAUUCAGGAGUAGAGAUGUUGUCUAGUCCACAUUGUGAACUGGUAACACUCAGGGUGGAGCCUGCUGGAGUCCGAUGGUUGAGACCAGGUCUGAGGAAGUAUUCCUGUCAACUCACAAUCGACACAAACACAGUGAACACAAACCUCCAACUGUCUGACAACAACAGGAAGGUGACACAUGUGGAGGAGGUUCAGUCAUAUCCUGAUCAUCCAGACAGAUUUGAUGGUCGUCCUCAGCUGCUGUGUAGAAAUGGCCUGACUGGUCGCUGUUACUGGGAGGUCGAGUGGAGAGGAAGGGUUGAGAUAUCAGUGAGUUAGAGAAGCAUCAGAAGGAGAGGAGACAGUUAUGACUGUUUGUUUGGAAGGAAUGGUCAGUCUUGGAGUCUGAACUGCUCUGAUGGUGGACAUCAUUCAGUUUGUCACAAUAACAGACACACAUCCAUCUCCUCCUCCUCCUCCUCCUCCUCCUCUGUCUCUAACAGAGCAGCAGUGUAUGUGGACUGUCCUGCUGGCACUCUGUCCUUCUACAGAGUCUCCUCUGACACUCUGAUCCACCUCCACACCUUCAACACCACAUUCACUCAAACUCUUUAUCCUGGAUUUGCAGUCUGGUCUCUUGAUUCCUCAGUGUGUCUGUGCUGAGUGGAGUGUAAAGAGUGUCCUCCUGUUAGAGAAUCCACAUGUUGUUUUUCUGUCUUUUUCCACUCAAAGCUUUACAGUGAAUAUCAGUAAGUUGCGUUUCUCUGAAGCUCAGUUCACAACCAGCUCCUCUGUAUUUUCAACAGGUUUGAGCUCAUUAAAAUGAAU